ACGCGACUGGGGACGGAACUACCACGUGAGGUUGACGUCAUCGCCCCCGCGCCGGGUUGUCCUGACUUGGCUUCCGCGGGAUCCUGGAGGUGUCUGAGGUGCUUUACGUCAGGGUUUGUACAGUUCGCGGUCUUCUCUCCAGAGACUCGCUGGGCCUCGCCUCCGAUUUCCCGAUGUACCACAACAGUAGCCAGAAGAGGCACUGGACUUUCGCCAGCGAGGAGCAGCUGGCGCGGUUGCGGGCCGACGCCAACCGCAAAUUCAAAUGCAAAGCGGUGGCGAACGGGAAGGUUCUUCCAAAUGACCCAGUCUUUCUUGAGCCUCAUGAAGAAAUAACGCUCUGCAAAUAUUAUGAGAAAAGAUUAUUGGAAUUCUGUUCCGUGUUUAAGCCAGCAAUGCCAAGAUCUGUUGUGGGUACAGCUUGUAUGUAUUUCAAGCGCUUUUAUCUUAAUAACUCAGUAAUGGAAUAUCAUCCCCGGAUAAUAAUGCUCACUUGUGCAUUUUUGGCUUGCAAAGUAGAUGAAUUCAAUGUAUCUAGUCCACAGUUUGUUGGAAAUCUGCGGGAGAGCCCUCUUGGACAAGAGAAAGCACUCGAACAGAUUCUGGAAUAUGAACUGCUUCUUAUACAGCAACUUAAUUUCCACCUUAUUGUCCACAAUCCUUACAGACCCUUUGAGGGCUUUCUCAUUGAUUUAAAGACUCGCUAUCCCCUGUUGGAGAAUCCAGAGAUUUUGAGGAAAACAGCUGAUGACUUUCUUAAUAGAGUUGCAUUGACGGAUGCUCACCUUUUAUACACACCUUCCCAGAUUGCUCUGACUGCCAUUUUAUCUAGUGCAUCCAGAGCAGGAAUUACUAUGGAAAGUUAUUUAUCAGAAAGUCUGAUGCUCAAGGAGAACAGAACUUCCUUGUCACAAUUACUAGAUAUAAUGAAAAGCAUGAGGAACUUGGUAAAAAAAUAUGAACCACCCAGACCUGAAGAAGUUGCUGCUCUGAAACAGAAGCUGGAGAGGUGUCACUCUGCUGAGCUUGCACUUAAUGUAGUUACGAAGAAGAGAAAAGGUUACGAAGAUGAUGAUUAUGUUUCAAAGAAAUCCAAACAUGAGGAGGUAUGUUCUUCAAAGGUAAAAUGUAAAUUACUGUUGUAUAUUCUGGUACAACCAUAAUGUUAAGGUUUUAUUGUUCUAGAGUACAAGCAUUAUAGAGAGAGGUACUGGAAAGCUUUCUUUUGUAUCCUUUAUUAACCUUGGCCAUUAUUGGAGGAAUUUUUCUCACUUCUGUCUUGGCCUGUUCUGAAGUAGUAUAAAAGUUACUUGAUGAAGAAUCCUUCCUAAGGUUAUAGAAGGUAGUAGAUAUACUUCUUGAUCUUCAAGGAGUCUUCUCCUACCCUUGUUUUAAGAAAAUUGUACAUGUCAAGUCAGAUAAUGAACAAUCAGACCCAGAACAUCACAACUGUAACAUUUAUUCCUGUCACUAGGCUAACCUGGUAAGACCAUACCAUAUUAUUAUAAGGUUAAACUGCUACACAUUUUCCUGAUUUAUUUACCUCAUAAUCAACAUAGCAAAAGAACAUUUUCCUAAAGAGAGGCAAGAAGGUAAACAAUACUGGUUAUGCUUCAGUAUACUGUUUUCCUUAUGACAUUUUCUUUCC